CUACGUUCGGACUAGUGACUGGUGGUGGGGCGUUCCGGCCCAAAAGGACGCUGCAGAGCUUUUACUCUACUCUCUAUUCUACUGACUACUCUCUACCGUCUUCUACACCAUCCAUCCAGAUCAGUGACAGAAAAAGAGACGCCGUUUUUUUUUUUUCCCCAAAGAUUUUUUCCCAAAGAUUCCAUACAUAUAGAAUUAAUUUACAGCUUACGGCAUGGGAGAUUACACCUUUACUCUGUGUAGGUCCGUCUCCAUCACUUCACUACGCUGAUUGACUGAGAGGGGGGAGUGAGAGAAAAAGAGACACCGUUUUUUUUUUAACCCAAAGAUUUUUUUUUUUGGAAAUAAUUAUUAAGUAGUACUAGUAGUAUUAACUUAGAAAAACCUCACUUCGCCAAUGGAGACGGUUUCUCCUCCGCCGAGCCAGCCGAAGAAGAGAGGUCGACCUAAGGGCUCUACUAAAGCCAAAGCCGACACCGACAGAGAAGCCUCCGCUGCUGCUUCUGGUGGAGUCCCCAGGAUGAGAGGCGCCGACAAGCGCAGCUCCUCUUCUGACGAGAAGUAUUCUCAGUGGAAAUCUCUCGUCCCCGUUCUCUACGACUGGUUGGCUAAUCAUAACCUCGUCUGGCCUUCUCUCUCUUGUCGGUGGGGCCCACUGCUUGAGCAGGGAGCCUUCAAGAAUCGGCAGCGUCUUUACCUUUCUGAACAAACUGAUCAUACAGUACCAAAUACACUGAUCAUAGCGAACUGCGAUGUUGUCAAGCCUCGGGUUGCUGCUGAAAAUCACAUAGCAAAUUUUAAUGAAGAAGCAAGGUCACCAUUUGUUAAGAAGUACAAGACUAUCAUACAUCCUGGAGAGGUAAACAGAAUCAGGGAACUUCCUCAGAAUAAAAACAUUGUUGCGACGCAUACUGAUUGCCCUGAAGUCCUCAUUUGGGACAUUGAAGCUCAACCGAACAGGCAUGCUGUUCUAGGAGCUGCUGAGUCUCGUCCUGAUCUGGUGCUGAUGGGGCACAAAGAUAAUGCUGAAUUUGCUCUUGCAAUGUGCCCAACUGAGCCUUUUGUGCUCUCUGGAGGAAAGGACAAAUCUGUGGUUCUCUGGAGUAUUCAUGACCACAUAUCUGCAUCGGCCGCAGAUGCAUCAAAGGCAACUGGUUCUACUGGGUCAAUUGUGAAAACUGCUGAUAAUAGUCCUGUUGGACCACGUGGUAUUUUUCAGGGGCAUGAUGACACUGUUGAAGAUGUGCAGUUUUGCCCAUCAAGUUCACAGGAGUUCUGUAGUGUUGGGGAUGAUUCUUGCCUAAUAUUAUGGGAUGCACGUGUUGGAAAUAACCCAAUUUUGAGGGUUGAAAAGGCACAUAAUGCUGAUCUCCACUGUGUGGAUUGGAAUCCUCAUGAUCAAAACCUGAUUCUCACUGGGUCUGCAGAUCACUCUGUUCGCUUGUUUGAUCGCCGGAAACUAACAACUGAUGGAGUCGAGUCACUAGUGCAUAAAUUUGAAGGUCAUACAGCUGCUGUUCUUUGUGUUCAGUGGUCUCCUGACAAGUCCACUGUCUUUGGGAGCUCUGCAGAGGAUGGUUUAUUGAACAUCUGGGAUUAUGAAAAGGUUGGCAAAAAGAUAGAAAGCGGGACAAGGUCUCCAAGUAGUCCUCCUGGGUUAUUUUUCCAACAUGCUGGGCACAGGGACAAAGUUGUUGACUUUCACUGGAAUGCCUCUGAUCCAUGGACGGUUGUCAGUGUUUCUGAUGAUGGUGAAAGUAGCGGUGGUGGGGGCACGUUACAGAUAUGGCGCAUGACUGACUUAUUAUACAGGCCUGAGGAUGAGGUUUUAGCUGAGCUCCAACAUUUCAAAGAUCAUGUAAUCGAGUGCACUUCCAAGGCUUGAGAGAGUUAAUGGUUCAUUGAGCAGCUGAACUUCUUGUUAAAAACUGUUUCUGUAUCUAGCAUUGUACUCCGGGGGUAUUUUCUUUUUAUUGUACUUGGUAGAGGAACUGGAAUAGCCGGUAGUAUAUUCUAGCAUUUAGAACUGUGGAAUUUGUGUUCCGACUUGAUUCUGCCAGUUUACAAUUCUGUAGGAUCUGCGUAUGUGAUUCGGUAUUUUACCAAUCAUGGGUCCAACAUUCUCUGCCGUUGAUACUAAUUAUUGAAUGCUGGUGAAUUAGGGGUGCGAGCA